GAAAUCAUGAUACCAUUGAAAGACAAACAGUGCUACGAACAUGAGAAUGUCACAUUCGAGUGUACACUCUCGAAACCUGAUGUCCCAGUGAAGUGGCAGAAAAACGGCAAGGAUGUCUCUGCGGAUUUCACCGUCAAGAUGGACGGGAAUAAACACUACUUGACAAUCACCGAUGCUCAGCUGGACCAUGAGGCCGAGUAUACGAUUGUUGUGGGCCAACUUAAGAGCACGGGAAAGCUCAAAGUGCAGGAAGUGGAUGCUCAGUUCACCAUCCCCCUAUCCGACAAGACUGUCAAGGAGGAGGAAUACGUAGAAUUCACCGCCGAGCUCACCAAACCCAAUGUCAAGGUCAAAUGGGAGAAAAAUGGCAUCACGCUGAAACCUGGAGCAGAUGACAGGAUCAAGAUGACAUCGGAAGGCACAACCUACAAGCUGUGCAUCAGUAAGAGCAUGCUUGAUGAUGAGGCAAAGUACACUAUUGUGUUGCCUAGCGACAAGAAGAGUAGUGCCACUCUUACAGUAGAAGAGGUACCCAUAGUUUUAGUCAAACCUCUCGAAGACAAGACCGUCCGUGAACACGACACCCUCGCUUUCGUUUGUGAGGUUUCCAAGCCGAAGGUCAAUAUCAAAUGGUUCCGUCACGACCGCGAACUACUUCACGAUGACAAGUUUGAUAUGGUUUCGGAGGGUGUCUCUCACAGUCUGACGGUGAAAGACGCUUUGAGAAUCGACGAAGGAGAAUAUACAAUUGUGAUUGAGGGAUCACUGAGGUCAACUGGAAAGCUCAAAGUUGAAGCUGUUCCUGGUGCACCAAAAGCCCCUAUCAUCUCGGAAAUUUUCAAGGAAUCUUGCGUUGUUGCUUGGCAACCACCGGAGGACGAUGGCGGCUGUCCACCGAUCACUGGCUACCAUCUUGAGCGUCGCGUCGUCGGCGGUCCAAGAUGGCUGAAACUGAACAAGGAACGUACUCCCGACCUGACGUACAAGGUCACAGAUCUUAGCGAGGGGUUGGAAUACGAGUUCCGUGUCAGUGCCGAGAAUAAGAUAGGAGUAGGAGAACCUAGUCCCCCGUCCAAACCAUUUACCGCCAAGGACCCAUGGAACCUCCCCGGCCGACCUGGUAUUCCCGCUUUCAGUCGGGUCACCGACGACUCUAUCCAUCUCAACUGGACCCCACCAGAAGAUGACGGCGGCACACCAAUAUUCAACUACGUCAUUGAAUACCGCCUCAAAGACGCUCCAACGUGGACCCGGGCCAACAAGGAUAAGGUACCAGAGUUAGAGUACACGGUGCCUGGCCUCAAGACCGAUAAGUUAUAUGAGUUUAGGAUCCGUGCCGAGAAUAAGGUCGGUGUUGGUGAGCCGUCGCAGUCGACCGAGGCCAUCAAGAUCAAAGCACCUCUUGUUGGUGAACCGCCUGUGAUCACACUUAACAUUGAAGAUGUGACUGUCGUCAUGCCCGAGACCGCCACGUUGAACUGUGACAUUGAGCCUGGCAAACCAGCAGCUGAAGUCAAAUGGUACAAGGGUGACCAGCUUGUGAAGAAAGGAAACAAGUACGACAUCGUACACGAGGGAAAGGGAUCCCAGCUGAAGAUUAAAAAAACAGAGCUCUCCGAUGGAGGACGGUAUACCUGCAAGGCUACAAACGUCAUUGCCUCGGUGGAGACAUCAGGCAAUGUCACAAUUCACAAAAAGCCAACUAUCACGUACGAGGAUGCCCUGAAGAAGACACAGUCGCUGAAGGUCAACACCAUGCUCAAGAUUCACGUCGAAGUCGACGGCAUCCCGCAACCGACUACAUCCUGGUUCCACAAUGAUCAGCCAAUCACCGAGUCCAAGACGCACCAGUUGGAAUUCACCGAUCAUUCUACUACACUGACAGUUAAAAAUGUCACUCGGGAUGACAGCGGUCUGUAUAUGGUGAUUGCUGAAAACGUUGCCGGAAAAGCGCAAGCUGACUUUGAAUGCAUCGUCAGAGACAAGCCAUCUCCACCACAGAACUUGGAAGUUACCGACAUCCAACGGGACUCUGUGGCAGUCAAAUGGGACGUCCCCAAAGACGACGGCGGUGCACCAAUCACCGGGUAUAUUGUCGAGCGCCGUGACAUUAAGAAAUCGACUUGGAUUGAGGCGGUUAAAACCGAUGCGAAGACUUUGAAAAGCAAGAUUGAGAAGUUGAUUGAGGGUAACCAGUAUCUGGUACGAGUUUCAGCGGUGAAUGAGAUCGGGACUAGUAACCCAGUUGAGCUCAAGGAACCAGUGACCUGCAAGAGCCCCUAUGAUGUUCCUGGCCCACCGAUUAACGUCCAAGCCACCGACGUCUCAAAAACUCAGAUCACCCUAACGUGGGAACCACCGACCUACGACGGUGGCCUCCCUAUCAAGGGAUACAAUGUAGAGAGAUGCCAAGUUGGCAGCACUCGCUGGAUCAAGCUUAACAAAGACCUCGUCCCUGAGUUGACAUACACAGUGUCUGACGUGACGGAGAACCAGGAAUACCAAUUUAGGAUCUCGGCUGAGAAUGAUGAGGGUGUCGGACCUCCGUCUGACGUCUGUGGACCUAUCAAGGCCAAGAAUCCAUUCGACCCACCAGGCAAACCUGGGAAGCCGGUCGUUGAAGACCUCACAGAGGAAACUGCCAUGUUGAGGUGGACGCCCCCAGAAGAUGAUGGUGGUGCCCCCAUCACUAACUAUAUCGUCGAGAUGAAGCAUCCUGGAGAUAAAAAAUGGACUGUCGUUGACACCAAGGUUCCGUCAGUUGAAUACCUUGUGAAAGGACUGACUCCAGAGACAGAGUAUAUCUUCCGUGUGACUGCUGAGAAUAAAGCUGGACAGGGACCACCAUCCGACCCAUCUGAUUUGGCUAAAUAUGAAAUCCCCAUCAAGAUUAUUCGUCCACUGACUGACCAAGAAGUCAGUGCGCUGCCCGCGCAGAGAACAUUCGAAUGCGAAAUCAACAAAUCGAACUUGAACGUCCAGUGGUUCAGGAACGGCAAACCUUUGACUCCUGGCAAGAAAUACAAGAUGGAGGCUGUUGGUAACGUCUACCGUCUGGCAAUCAAUGACAUCACGGCAGAAGAUGAUGCUGAUUAUACGAUCAAGGUUGUUGAUAAGAAUAUCGAGUCAACUGCUGCCCUCUUCGUUAAAGUUCCACCAAAGUUCUUGCUAGACAAGAACUUCAAAGACACAAUUACACUUCAUGCGGGCAAAUCACAGAUUGUGGAGAUUCCAUUUGAAGGCAGCCCGAUGCCAGAGGUCAAAUGGAUGUUCAACGAUGGUGCAUUCACUGAUGAGAAACGCAUCAAGGCGGAGACGAUCCCUGGAAUGACGGCCUUGACCCUUGGCAAGGUCACUCGUCCCGAUGCCGGAGAAUACCAUCUCACCAUCAAGAACGACUUCGGAAGUACAAAUGUGGUGGUAACGUUGAUUGUCUUAGACAAGCCGACUCCACCCAGGAACCUUGAAGUUGACGAGGUCACGCCCGAAUCAGCCCACAUCAAAUAUGACAUCCCAGAGGACGAUGGCGGGUCUCCUAUCACAGGCUACAUCAUCGAGAAACGCGACAUCAAGAAGUCUGCUUACUCAGCCGUUACUACCACCAACGAAUUGGAGGCCAUCAUCCCUAAGCUUGUCGCAAAGAACCAAUAUGUGUUCCGUGUGGCUGCGAAGAAUGAUGUUGGGACCAGUGACUUUGUUGAGAGCAAGACCAUCACGGCCAAGUGGUCAUUUGACGUUCCUGGGGCUCCCGAUGCACCAACCAUCACAGACAUCUUCAAGACAUCAGCCGUUUGCAACUACAAACCACCAGAGAGUGACGGAGGCUCCCCCAUCAUCGGUUACCACAUUGAGCGCCGUUUGACAUCCAGUACCCGCUGGGGCAAAAUCAACAAGGAUAUCGUCCCUGACUUGACCUUCAAGGAUGAUGACCUCAAGGAGGGAAUGGAGUAUGAGUACCGGGUUGCUGCUGAGAACAAGGCAGGAGUUGGACCAUUCAGUCCGCCUUCCAAACCAUUCAAGGCAAAGGAUCCAUGGGACUUACCCGGCCCACCUGGUAUCCCACAAUUCAGCGAGAUCACAGACACAUCAAUCAGGUUGACCUGGACCCCACCGGAGGACGACGGUGGAACCCCCAUCACAAACUACGUCAUAGAGUACAAACUCAAGGAUGGGAAAGCGUGGACCAUCGGUAACGACGACAAAGUCACGGAUACAACAUUCAUCGUGAAACGCUUGAAAACUGACUCUGAAUACGUGUUCAGGGUUAGUGCAGUGAACAAGGUUGGACAAGGACCACCCUCACAGAAUACGCCUGCUCAGUUGAUCAAGGCUCCACUAGUUGGUGAAGCCCCGAAGGUCAGCCUGGGCAUGGAGGACGUGACCGUCGUCUCCCCAACAGAGGCAAUCCUCAAUUGUGACAUGGAGCCAGGCACACCUCAGGCAGAGAUCCACUGGUACAAGAACGGCUCUCAGAUCACCCCGAGCGACAAGUACGAAAUGACCCACAAGGACAAAAUGGUGGAGCUGAAGAUCAAGAAGUCCGAACCAAAGGACGCUGCAACGUAUAAAUGCGAGGCGUCCAAUAUUAUUGGUACUGUUGACACGUCUGCUAAGGUCACUGUACAUGUCAAACCAACAAUCAACUACGAGGCCAAGUUCAAGGAGGCACAGACCCUGAAUGCUGGUACUACCCUGAUCAUCCCCGUCAAGGUUGACGGUCUCCCCGUACCGACGACAACUUGGUUCAUGGGCGAGGCUCCCCUCAAGAACACCGACCGGAUGAAGAUAGACGUCAGCGAGACUACGACUUGUAUCACCCUGAAGACGGUGACGAGGAAGGAUGCUGGCUUGUAUGUCGUGUCGGCUGAGAAUAUUGUCGGGACAGCGAAUGCUCAAUUUGAGCUGAUCGUUAAAGACAAACCAUCCCCACCACAAGACCUAACUGUCGCAGAUGUCCAAAAAGAAUCCAUCACAGUCAACUGGAAAGUUCCAGCAGACGAUGGUGGCUCCCCGAUCACUGGAUACAUAAUCGAGAAGCGUGAUGCCAAGAAAAACACCUGGUCUAAGGCGGGAAAAGUUGACGCUAAAACCUUGACCUUCGACGUGACGAAACUGAUCACAGGCAAUGAGUACUUCUUCCGGGUGACUGCUGAGAAUGCUAUUGGUGUGAGCGAGCCAGUGGAAUUGACUGAGCCUGUCAUGGCUAAGAGUCCAUUUGAUGUUCCAACUGCACCAAUCAACCUACACCUGACUGACAUCAGCAAGACCCAGAUUUCGCUUGCCUGGGAACCACCAGAGAAAGAUGGCGGCACUCCAAUCAUCGGCUACAUCAUCGAGCGCAAGCAGACUACCAGUACCCGUUGGGUGACGCUGAACAAGGAACCAGUUCCUGAAUUGGCCUUCGAUGUCGCAGACGUGACUGAGAAUCAGGAGUAUGAGUUCCGUGUCUCGGCUGUGAAUGCCGAGGGACAGGGACCACCAUGUGAUACAAUUGGACCAAUCAAAGCUAAGAACCCUUAUGAUGUGCCCGGCCAACCUGGCAAGCCGGUCGUAGAGAACAUCACGGCCGAUUCCGCCACCCUCCGAUGGAAACCACCUCAAGAUGAUUGGGGCAGCCCCAUCACGAACUACACCGUUGAGAUGAAGCAGCCUAACGAGACAACAUGGUCGACGGUCAGCGCUGAUCUAACCGUGGCGAUGCCAGAGUUUACUGUCAACGGUCUGAAGCCGGAGACGGAUUAUAUCUUCAGGGUGACCGCAGAGAAUAAGGCAGGAAAAGGGAAGCCGUCGGAGCCAUCCGAUGUGGCCAAGUAUGUGAUCCCAGUCAAGAUCAUUCGACCACUACAAGACAUCAACAUCAAGCAACUCCCAAGCAAAGCCACCUUCGAGUGUGAGCUCAACAAAGCUGGCGUUGACGUUACAUGGUUGAAAAAUGGCAAGCCAAUCUCAGACAAGCGGUACCGUAUCGAGAAUGUGGACUGCGUGUAUCGCCUGCUCCUCGAUGAUGUCACAGAUGAGGACGAUGGUGACUAUACCAUCGCUGUCACGGCAGACCUCAAGUCAGAGGCUGGACUCAUGAUUGAAGUUCCUCCAGUUUUGAAACUUGACAAAGAUUUCAAGGACACCAUUAUAAUGAAAGCCAACACCUCAAAGAUCGUGCAGAUCCCCUUCGCGGCAAGUCCGGUUCCUGAGGUCAACUGGUCGUUCAAUGAUGGGAAAUUCUCUGAUGUUAAACGCAUCACGAUUGAGACUAUCCGCGGUAUGACAGCCCUGACAAUCAGUCGUGCCGAGAGGAAGGACGCCGGAGACUACCAAGUGACGAUUGAGAAUAAGUUCGAUACCUUGACUCAUACUAUCAAGGUCAUCGUCUUGGACAAACCCUCGCCACCACGUAACUUGAAGGUACCCGAGGUCACGCCAGAAUCUGCUAGAUUGACCUGGGACGUACCCGAAGACGACGGUGGAUCACCAAUCACUGGCUACAUCGUUGAGAAGCGUGAUAUCAACCGCCAGUCCUGGAAUAAGAUAACGGCGACCAAGGAAUUGACGUCACUUGCCGACAAGUUGAUCGAGAAGAAUAAGUACGUUUUCCGAGUUUCGGCUGAGAAUGACGUCGGUGUGAGCGAACCAGUUGAGAGUGCUCCAAUAACUGCCAAGUGGACCUUCGAUCCACCCGGGCCACCAGAAGCCCCCACCAUCACCGACAUCUUCAAGACAUCUGCCGUCAUCAACUGGCAGCCACCACUCCAAGAUGGCGGCUCUCCCGUCAUCGGCUAUCACCUGGAACGCAAGUUGACCUCUAGUACUCGAUGGGCCAAGGUCAACAAGAACAUUAUACCAGAACUCACAUUCAAGGAUGAGGACCUGACUGAUGGAAUGGAGUACGAGUACCGUGUGAUGGCUGAGAACAAGGCUGGAGUCGGUCCGCCAAGCUCGCCCUCCAAGCCAUUCAAGGCUAAGGACCCAUGGGACCUCCCUGGACCCCCUGGCAUCCCACAAUUUAGCGACAUCACCAACACGUCCAUCAAACUCUCCUGGACCCCACCAGAGGAUGAUGGUGGAACGCCCAUCACCAACUACGUCAUCGAAUACAAGCUCAAGGAUGGAGCCAAAUGGGCGAUAGGAAACGACGACACAGUCACAGAUACCACGUUCGUUGUAAAACGCUUGAAGACGGAUUCUGAGUACGUCUUUAGAGUCAGUGCUGUCAACAAGGUUGGCCAGGGCCCGCCGUCACAGAGUGAACCCAUCUUGAUCAAGGAACCUCUAGUUGGCGAGGCACCCUCCAUCAGCCACAAUCUCGAGGAUGUGACCGUCAUCUCGCCAGAGGUGGCCAAGCUUGACUGUGAUAUUGAGAUGGGGAAGCCAGAUGCUGAAAUCAAAUGGUACAAGGAUGGGAAACAGAUCACCCCAGGCAAGAAAUACGAGAUGACCCGCAAGGACAAGAUGGCCAUUCUCAACAUCAAAGAAACAGAACCCAAGGAUGAUGGCACGUACAAGUGUGAGGCAUCCAAUAUCAUUGGCAGCGUUGACUCGUCAGCCAAGGUCACUGUCCAUGUUCGUCCGGUCAUCGAUUGUGACAAGAAAUACAAGGAGCCUCAGAGUCUGCGUGCUGGUUCGACCUUGUCCAUUCCAGUCAAGGUCACUGGGAAGCCGCAACCAACUGUAUCAUGGUCACUCAAUGACAAAACGUUGACGUCCUCCGGUGACAUCACCAUCGUGAGUGAGGGUGAAUCGUCCAUGAUUACCGUGAAACCCUGCAACAGGACGGAGUCCGGUGUCUACCUUGUCUCGGCGCAGAACAUUGUCGGAACAGCUAACAAAGAAUUUGAGGUCGUCGUAAAGGACGUACCGUCCGUUCCACGCGAGCUCAAAGUUACAGAUGUCCAGAAGGAAUCCAUCGCAAUCAGUUGGCAGGUACCAGAGGAUGACGGUGGCUCACCAAUUACUGGUUACGUUAUCGAGAAACGUGACGCCAAGAAGAACACUUGGGCCAAUGCGGGUAAAGUAAAACCUGCUGAGUUGGCGUUCACUUUGACUAAACUGAUUGAAGGCAAUGAGUAUUACAUCCGAGUGAUUGCUGAGAAUCAGAUAGGGCAGAGCAAACCUGCAGAACUCCCAGAACCAGUCAAGGCGAAGAGUCCAUUUGAUCUUCCUGGUCCACCACUGAACCUCCGCCCAACCGAUGUCAGCAAGACCCAGAUCUCCAUCGCUUACGAACCACCAGAGUACGACGGUGGCACCCCGAUCAUUGGCUACGUGAUCGAGCGCCGACAGGCCUACAGCACCAAGUGGAUCAAGCUGAACAGGGAACCAGUGCCCGAGUUGGCCUACACCGAUUCCGACGUUACAGAGAACCAGGAGUACGAGUUUAGGGUCAGCGCACAGAAUGCUGAAGGUGUCGGCCCACCGUCAAAGACUCUUGGACCAAUCAAAGCCAAGGAUCCUUACGAUGUUCCAGGUCAACCGGGUAAACCCGUUGUGGAAGAGAUCACUGCCGAUGCUGCCCACGUGACUUGGGCGCCACCCAAAGAUGAUGGCGGAAGCCCGAUAGUCAACUACAUCAUGGAGAUGAAGAAACCCCAGGACUAUGAAUGGUCUGUCGUCAACGCCGAUUUCACUGUGCCAAACCCAGAGCACACUGUUAAGGGCCUGAAGCCAGAGACGGAUUAUAUCUUUAGGGUGACAGCUGUCAACAAGGCUGGACCUGGCAAGCCAUCGGAGCCAUCUGAUGUUGCCAAAUAUGGUUUUUCACCACUGGAUUUCAAAGAGAGCUCCUCAAGAACUUGA